AUGCUCGGCAUUGGAUUUAAGCUCAGCGAUACGUCCGUGUCCUCUCUCUGUAGCUCGCUCAAUGAGUUUCUGAGUCGCGAAUACGCGUCUGAUAUGGACGUAAGAGAGACACAGAUGCAUCAGAAGGCGCUAAGUCAAUUCAAACAGCUCAAGACCGACGUAGAUCUCGUGCGUACGCCCUCUGCUAUCUCUCGCCAUGUGUUACUGCGUUAUUUUGCGCAAUUGGACAAGAUGGAGCAGCGUUUUCCAUGCAAUGGUGAUGCAUCCUCUACACGGACGCCGUUGCAGCUUCAAUUUACGUGGACCGACUCGUUUUGUCCGCGGAAAAAGAGCACACAAGCAGGAAUUUCUUUUGAAAAAGCAGCCGUUAUGUUCAAUAUCGGGGCUUUAGAGAGUCAAUUAGGUGUCCAGACAGACCGUAGUACGGUUGAGGGACUUAAAAUAGCCUGUCACCACUUUAUGAGAGCCGCAGGAGCUUUCAAAGAAGUGAAAGACAAGAUUAUUGAGCAGACAUUAGGUAUUCGAACACCUGACAUGAGUGCUGAAGGACUAGGAUUGCUUACGUACUUGAUGCUGGCUCAAGCUCAGACGUGUUUCUAUGAAAAAGCUAUCAAAGACCAAAUGAAGGACGCGAUCAAAGCGAUGCUCGUGCAACAAGCACUGGACUAUUACGUCUCAGCACUGGAAUUCUGUCGCUCAUCGGCUUUGGCGGGAGCGAUUGACACGUCGUGGGGAGCACAUUUGCAGUUCCAAGUGCAUUGUAUGCGUGCGGCUACGCAAUAUUGGCAAGGAAUGGCGUCUAAGGCGGUAGCCCUCGAUCGGGGAGAAGGGUACGGUGAGGAGAUCGCGAGGCUUGUUGCCGCGGAUGCGGAAUGCAAUGAGGCAUUCAAAGUAGUGACACAGAACAAACUGCCUACGUCGCUAUUUCAGUCUGCGCAAGCGUUACAGCGCGUGGUGCGGGAACAUCUUGAAGUGGCGAAGAAAGACAAUGCCAGUGUUUAUCUGGAGAACGUGCCAAAAUUCUCCGAACUACCAGCGGUAGGAAAAGCUGCAAUGGUCAAGCCUCUGGCGUUCACAUUGGAUGAGUUGAAGGACGAACUUGGAGGCGUGGAUCUGUUUGAGCAGUUUGUGCCCAAGGACCUGCUUCUCCGGGCUGGUAACGUGAAACAAGAAAUCAAAGCGAUUUUGGAGCAAACGGCAGACAAGAUAUGUAAGAGCAACGAAGCUGCCAAGGAGAAACUUCACUCCAUGGAAUUGCCUGCCUCAAUCGAAGCCUUUGAAAAGACCAGCGAUAAUGGCAUUCCACGUACGAUAUGGCAGCGCAUUCAGUACGUUAAGACAACAACAGCUUCUACUACGAUGGGUACUGGUGGACCGAAAGGCAAUCCGAUCGUGGCUUUUAUUCAGCAGCAACUCCAUGAGAAUCAACGAAUGUCGGAUGAUGCGGAGAAGAAACUGCACGUGACUGAGUCGCGUCUAAGCCAAGAAGAAGUCGAGGACAACGCGUGCCGACAAAAUUACGGUGAUAAGUGGGCUCGUCCUCUGUCCACUUUAUUGAAUCAGAAUUUUCGAGCAGACAUUGAUCGGUAUUACCGUUUGGUGAAGGAGGCGAAAACAUCCGAUCGUAAGGUUCGAGAGAAGCUCAACGAAAACCAGGACAAUCUGGAGGCAUUGUCGCGGUCUAAGGCAAGCCUUGAUAAUGAGUUGCCGGAGUUACAGCAAAACAACUUCAGCUGUAAGGAAGAGAUAGCGCAGGUGUCUUCGCUGUUGCUGCGACUUGGUCAGCUUGUGGAGGAAAAACAGCACGUCUUAUGUGAUUUUAGAGAGUCGUACGACAAGUUUGACGCUCUUCCUGCGCUAUUGAGUGGAAACGAUGCUGACGCCGUCUUCACUGAUCAUACACUUGAAACCGAAAAGCAGUUCUUUCGCGACCAUUUUGAAGGGAAAAUCUCUGCUAUAUGUGAAGAAGAGCAGAACGUGCUCGGAGACCUAAUAGAGGCCAACGCUCGUUUUGAAGCAAAGAAAGAUACCGAUUAUGUGCUGCACGAACGUCAAACGUUUCUUCAGCACUUAAGCGAUGCUGUUGACGCUUUCGAACAGCUUGAAUCACACGUCAAAGAAGGAGCAAAGUUUUACGAUGAGCUUAGUAUUCGAAUCGCGCAGUUACAUCAAACGGUAGAGGACCAUUGUUCUGCGCGCGAGCUUGAAAAACGCGAGCUAGAGAUGAAUUUGGCCGCUGACGAAGAAAUGAGACAACACGAGGCCGAAGACGCAGCUCUGGCUCAGAAGAUGAUGGAGGAUAUGAGAUUGUGGAAUGCCACUGCUGGGCCAAAUAUCAACGAUGAGGCAUUAGCUCGGCAAUUGGCGGGAAGCACUUCACAGUACUAUCAGCCUUCACAGCAAGCGCCAACGCCUCCUUCUUACGAUUAUGCGAGAUUGCAGCCUCAGCAACAACAGCGUCCGUUUGCACAAUACCAGCAAACUCAAGACCCCACACAGCGACCUUUACACGACAACAGCUCAGUAUCAUCUGCCCCGCCUCCUCCGUAUGGAGGAACAUACAAUCAACCGCAGCAACACCACCCAUCACAGACACGAAAUUUCUAUCAGUAUCCUGGAGUGUAA